AUGCAACAAGCCCAACUCCAGAAUCCGCUCGCGUUCUUGGGGAUCGACCCGGCCAAUAGCCUUACGUGUGUCGGCAAGGCCUUCAGCAAGGGCCGUCAGUACCAGGCCUUGCUCUACCACUCGCAGUUCCUUGACAGGCCCUUCAAUAUGACUGAGAGUCUACGGCGCUCGACAGAGUAUAACAUGAAUAUUUCGGAGGAGGAAGCGCGGCACUCAACAAAGUCCGCAGAAGCAUCUCAAACAUUCCGAGGCAAGAAGCGAGAAAAACCUCUUACGAUGAAUCUUCCAACCGAUGCUGAGGUCGCCCAGCUCGAGACAUCCGCCGAAUCAUCACAGAAAGCCAACCUUAACUCUAUUUUAGGAUUGAACUUGCCUAAUACUGUUUCUGGAUCGUGCAUUGUUUUGGAUCGCGGCAUGAUUUGA